AUGCCUUCAUAUGCCGACUCUUUGAGAGGACAAGAACCACAACAACACCCCUCAUAUGGUAUCUCUCAUGCACAAGACGCAAAUUACCGUCCAUCUUCUACCGGAUCAUAUGGAUCAUCCGUCAGUGCUGUUGGAACCAUCCCCACCCCUUAUCCUCCUCAACCACCACCUCCCUUACAUCCUUCUUAUGCAACACCAUCCACAUCGUAUACAAAUCAAACGGGUGAACUCCAACAUCUCAUCUCACUGCCUACAAGAGAACAAGUACAUCAUUAUCUCAUCGCGCGUCGGAGACAACCCGCCGGUCUGGAAACAGGAUGGAAAAUCGAAGACCGUCCAUUAGACGCAUACAUCCUUUUUUCCACCGUCAUAGGAUUAGGAGGAAGUGUUCAAGUAACUGAAAGAGGUUGGUGGACUAGAAUAGCUACUGCUCUCGAUUUACCCUUAACAGGAUCCAUAGAUCCUCCUGACGCUUUGAGAAGGUUUUUCACGACCAUGUUAAAGGAGUUGGAACAAAUGUGGGAGGAGACAAAAGCUAUGAACGUAGCAGAUGGAAGGCAUGCAGGACAUGGUCCACAAGAUCGAUAUGGUCAAAAUCACGGACGGGACCUUGGUCAAUCUUCUCAAUCUCAAUCUCAAUCUCAAUCACAACCUCGAUCUCAGAUCCCCAGGGUCACACACAAUACCACGGAAAGAUACGAUCCUGUAAGACACGAUGUGGGGCUUAGAGAAUCGUAUCUUUCGACAGGGACGGCGAAUACAAACCAUCAUACCACUCCUCAAAGUUCUGUUUCGCCAGCCAACAAUCAACCUGGGAACAUUAGGAUACAUCAACCGUCGUCGAUCCGUCCUCCUACGCAAGGUAAUCAACUUGUACCAAGCAGAUUCGGAUCACAAACGAGCAACAGUGCAUCGCCUGCGACACAGCAACAACCAGCCCAAACUCGAUUCAACCAUCAAACAACACAUGUUCAACCGUCUUACAGUUUCACUCAAUCGGUAUAUUCCCCCAAUGCACAAGUACAGACGCAGCCGAUACCCUCCUCUGCUCGAUCUACUUUAUCGACUCAAUCUACUAGGACGUUACCCACCGCUACGUCUCAUCUCAGUACAUCAACCCAGUCCACGUUCAGUCAACAACAAACUCAACAUGUGCCUCAAACUCACAUUCAACAUGAUCAAACUUCUCAUACCCAGCAACAUGUUCAAUCUCAAUCUCAGCGACUGAGUAUGUCCCAACCUUCACCAUCUAAGCGUUCUGUCUCACAAAACACCAACCAGGCUGCGGGACUUCCAUCUCCAGUUUCUCACCAACCUUCUCACCCUUCGAACACACAAGGUUCAGAGAGAGUGAGCAGUCAGAGGCAGACCGUUAACCAAGCCUCGCGUCCACCCCUCCCCACACCAGGCUCUUCUGCACCUACCAGAUUCAACCACGAUUCCUCACUACCUCGCACGACUACGUUUAAUGCUUCUACAGCGAUCCACGAAGCCAUCAAAGCUGAUCUCGCCGCAUAUCAUCCUCCCAAGUUCUCCACCUUCGACGAAUUAGUCAAUUCAGACGUUCUGCCAUGUCCCAGGUCGUCCUCUGACGAACUUACCACCGGGAACAAAGUAUACCAAUAUGCCAAACGAUGUCACGAGAUAUUGGCUGCUGUAAGGGCGAUGGCUACAAAAGAGCCUGGGAAGAGGUUAUCUUUGGACGAAUUGGUCUUUUGGUCUAAACUUCUGGCGAUAUUGAAAGCCAACAGAGGUCUCGUUAUUCCCGGGCUACCCAACAAUCCCAAUCAAACGCCUUCCAUCCCCUCCGGCUCUAAUGCUCAUAUUACGCCUGAUGCUCAAGAUACUCAUGUCUCCUCUACCGGCAAUCCGCCUCACCUGAUGGCUACCUCCAGCUCUGGAUCUCUGAACAACGGUUCCGCCUCUACUAUCGAUCCCAACUCCAUGGGAUCAGCGCCCGGAACGUCAAAAAGGAAAAAUCCUCCGCAAUUGGACGAACAAGGUAAUCCCAUCAAAAAGAAACGGGGCAGGCCCAACAAAACCUUCGUCGACGCUAAUGGAAAUCCUAUUCCCCGGACUCCCCCGCUCGACGAAAAUGGUCAACCCAUACUCAAAAAACGAGGACGUCCUCCUAAAUUUACUCUUUCAGGAUCAGAACUACAAGCUCUAGCUGGGAAAUCAACCACUUUCGGAUCUUCAAACUCGCCGGCGACGAAUAAUCAACGUACAGAGCCUAUCUCACUGGUCGAAGCUGAGAAUAGCGGAGUGAACGACAUUAUGGGUUCAUUCUCCACGCAAGUGUUUGACCAGGUGACACCUACAGUCGAUAACCCCGCAAGAGAACCCCAGGCCGGUCCCUCGACUACAACAACACCCUCCAAUUCGCAGAAACAACGUAUCAUUGAGGGAGAUACACGUGAGAGUAUAGCCAAAGCAGUAGCGGAAGCAGUCGCCAGGGCUGCUCUGGCUAAUAAAGCCUCACAAACUCCCCCGUCCACUUCGAAAACCUCCGCGAUACUCGACAAGGGGACACCGAAUAACGCAGCGGCAUCUGGAUCAGCAAGUAAAAUCACUGUUCCGUCAGCCCAACUACACAAGACGAUAAUUCCGUUGUCUUCCUCGCCCAAAAAGACGAUUAGCCUAUCAUCUGGUAAAGCUCAUGUGGGAUUACGACCAAAAGAAGCUCAACUGAUCACACCUACUCGUCCACCUUUCAAAUCUGCCCUCAAAACCCAGGCGUCCUCUCUCAUGGCCUCAGUUUCAUCGUCUCUCCCAGUAAAUUCCCGACCCGCAGUAGGUCCAUCAAGAUCAACCAAGAUCAGUAAUGGCGACUCGUCUUCCACAGUGGGGCCGAAGUCUUCCACGCCAAAGUCAUUCACGUCGAAGAUACCGGCCCCUAAGCCUAUCUCUAUGGCUAUAAGGAGCACUCGGUCUCAACCCUCACCUCCUGUUAUUGAUGAUGAGCCACAGACCAGAAUCACGAGAAACACGUCUGUCAUCCCUAAAGGGAUCUUGAAACGUCCUUCUUCAGUCACUACAGGGCCCCACAAGGCAAGUCCUAUCUCUACCCGAGCCUCAGCCAGCAUCCCCAUUCCUCGCAAGGCUACGCCCAUCUCCAUACGACCGUCCACUAGAACUACUCCAACUACUUCUUCCUCCCAGGUCACUCCCAAUGGUUCCACGGCCAGAACACGUCCAUCACGUGUCAUUGUGGAUCUGACACAGAGUGAAACAAGCCCAGUUCGAUCAAUGCGAUCAUCACAGAAUAUUCCGACCCAAGCAGAUGUGGUUCAACUUCCAAGGUCACUACGAAUUGUACAAAAUAUCCCUUCCACAAUUCGGAUUUCCAGCAUGCCGCCUUCUUCAUCUCCCAGUGGUACAACUGGCGAGCCAAAACGACGUCUGGUCCCAUUCGUUGAGCUCGUAUCUCCAUCUUCUCGAGUGUUUCCGGACCAAGCUCGUAGUCUCAGGUCUGCAUCUAUGGGUCCAAAGCCUACUGGCAAGUUUGUAUCGAGGAAGCCUACAAUCUUGGUGAAGAAAGUGCCCAAUCCUAAGAAACCGGUGAUUGUGCCUAAAAUACAUCGACCAGAGAAGGCGGCGACGGUGGUGAAUGUGAGGAGAAAGAGGUUGAGGGCUGUGAAUAGAGCAAGAGUCGUAAUGACCAUUUCUCGGAGAAGACGGGCGAGGUUGAUACAAGCUGGUCGAUAUGACCCAUUCCGGGAUGAUGACUCCGACUCUGAAGGUAUCAUUCACAGAGGACAUCUCCGUCCCAAGAUUCCUCUACCCAAAACCGACGCUAGUCGUUGGGCCCGACCUCGAUCUCCCGAACCUAUCCCAAAACGAUUCGUACAUCGUCCCGGACCCAAUCUUCUCGAACCUUACCGUAGCCUUCUGACCGAAGACACUCUACCCCGUCGAGCUAUCGCCCACGAAUGCGGGUGGAAAGGCUGUGACGCGGUCCUUGCUUCAGAAUGGCAUCUCCAACGUCAUGUAGACCUUCGUCAACACGCUUUACAAGGUAGAUUCGCAGCUGGUACCUAUGGCGAAGAAAUCUUAUGGAAAUGUCAUUGGCAAGGAUGUGAAGCUCCUGCUUCUGCUCCUUGCUUCCCAUCCUUGUCAGCAUUACGUCAACACAUCACAGCUAAACAUAUCGCUAAAGCUUUGAUGUGUCCUUAUCCCGAUUGUGGAUUGGUUUCCCCGAACAUUUCACAUCUUACCAGACACGUCAUUAAAACACACGAUCUGCCAGAUGACGAACCGGUACCGUUAGCAACUGCCGCUAUACCACCCAAAAUCCCCGCUCAAUUCAAAUAUACAUCCAGAGAGGGAACGAGGACAUCAUCACCUGAGGUUACAGAGUCGGACGUGUCGUCGAGAAGUUCGGAGUCGGAAAUACAAUCCAGCGACAGAGAUGGAGAACCGUCGGUUGAAAUCACUGCCCAACGACUUGUGAGGUCGGUCAAUGUCAAUGUCGAUGUUGAUGUUCCCCAGGAGGGUGAGGAAUCGGAAAAUGUUGAAAUGUUCGAUGUUACUACGGAGCCAGCUUUGACCGCAGUGGACGAUUUGUUGGAUUCAUCGAAUGGUGGAGACAAUCCGAUUUCGGUGGAAGAAUCGCCAGUCGAAGCUGAGGUUGUUCAACUUCCUCCAAUUGCGGUCAUUCAAGAUACGGUGCAGCAGGACACAGAGGCGCUUGCGUCGAGCGAUGAGAUUAUGGGAGUGGCGGAUGUCGGUCACGGAGCCGAUGUUACGAUUCUCCAGGGAACAUUGUCGUCCACUGAGACCGUCGUUCCGCCAACAGAACCCACAGAUCUAUCGACACCUGUCUCAGCUCCGAUUCCAGAGGUCUCGACGUCGGAUGGUGUCGAAGUUGCAAUGGAGACGAGUCAAAUGGAAAUACUACAGCCAGCCGGAAUUGACAACACAGCCGCUCAAGAGUCAGUCAGUCCGCCCGAGGACGUCGCACUUGACAAUUUGACAGAACCUAUGGUGGAUAAGGACGAAACAGGCGACGAACAAUCUGGCUUGACAGGGUUAGCAGAAUCCUUGACAGCGCCUCAGACAUCGGCUCCUACCGAGGCAAUGGAACAAGAUUCAGUCAUCAGUACAAAUGGGGUCAUGUCUACGGAAGAUCUUGAGAUGGCUGAUGUUUCUGAGGAACCCUCGGGCGAAGUGUCGAAGACCGCGAAGGAAGGUGUGGUGAUCGAGGUAGAUGCAGACCUUGCUGGGCAUGUAGCGGAGGACGCGGGGCUUAUGGUUGCAGGCUCAGAGCCAAACGAGAAGGCGAAUGAAGAUGUGUCGGUAGGAGAUCAGGUUGGGGAGAGGGCAACUGAGCCUAUUGCCCCUGAUCAGAGCAGAGAGGAAAACCAAUCGAUGGCCGUUUCCGUGACUGUACCAGAAGAGGUCGAUGUACCCAUGUCUGAGAACAAUGUGAUGGAAAGGGAACCACCUCUGGUCGCUAGGGAAGAAUCAAAGGAGAAGGAAGACGAUCCGAUGGAUGCUACAGAGGCAGUGUUGGAAAAGGUGAAUAGUCCAAUGGCUUCUGGGCAUCUCGGUGCAGAAGGUCAAGAUGAGCCAGUUGUCGAUGUGGACGAUCGGACGGAGUUGGAGAAAAAGUCUGUGACUCCUGCGGUAGAUCCAAAAGACAAGGAAGAUGGGUCCAUGGUCUUUGGGGAGUCGACAGAGGUAGAAAAUGAUAACGAGUCGAAACUCGAUGAUCAACCAGCGACAGAUAUGGUAGAUGAACUCAAUGGAGAGGUAUCCACAGAGAAGGAAGAUCAACCAAUGUCGACUCAUGAUUCCACUUCUGUGCGACAUCUGGACAAUCUUUCCCAUAUGAACGUGGAACCAUCGACCAUUGAGGAUAAUCCCAUGGUUCAAACUCAUACGCCUCUUCCACCUGUAUCCACAUCACAAGAUCCCACUAUCUCCCCAACUCUCAUGUCGGAUCUCGUGGACUCAUCAUACAACCCUCAGUCAAACGCGGGAUCAUCAAUCUCACAGCUCACUAAAGAACCUCAACCAUCAACUAUUAUUCCCCAAUCACUAAGAACAUCUCAACGCAUGACCCGAAAACCCAAAUUAUCUCUAUCCUCCAAAAGACCUGAACCUACCCAUCACCAACAACAUCGUCAUCGUCUCCCUCCUUUACCAGAAUACGUAAGAGCAGAACAACUGACCACUCCUAUAGUACCCGGUACGACUUACCGUUCUGCACAUCGUAUCGAAUGGGUUCGUGUCAAAGUCUUUAAAGGUAGUAUGGCAGGACCUGAUCCAAUCAUACAUUUCGAACAUCCUCCUCAUAUGCUUUCUGCUCCUGAAGAGGAUGAUACUCCACCACCAGAAGGGGAAGAUGGGAAGGAUGUGUUGAGUGAAGAUCCUAGAGCUGUCGAUAAAGUUUUAGGUAAGAAGAGGAAAUGGGAAGUUGUUGUUUUGAUAAAAACGAGAAAGAGCGAGUUGGUACUUUAG